ACCAACCUUUCCUCUCUUCUCUUUCCCUUCUUCUUCUUCUUAUUCUUUCGUCUUCUUUCUCGUAUCAUUCAUUCUGAGAUUCUUCAUCGACGAUGGCGUCUUCAAGUUCCGGAAACUCAAUUCCGGCACCUGAAGCGGUUCAAGUUCUUGUUACUUCUCUUGCUGAUGAAUCUACUAUGGUUAGAAGUUCUUCUAUGCUGACUCUCAAAGAUAUCGCGUCUCUGAAUCCAUUGUUAGUACUUGAUUGUUGCUCCAUUGUUUCUCGAGGAGGGAGACGAAGUUUUGGAAACAUGGCUGGACUUUUUCAAGUGAUGGCAUUUGCAGUAAGUUCAUUGGAUAAGAAAGAUGUUGAUGUUCAUUAUAUGGCUAAACUCGCUAAAAUUGCUACUACGGAGAUAAUAUCUUCGAAGGAACUACUUGCUGAUUGGCAAAGGGAUGCAGGGGGACUGCUAGUUUCAAUAGGCUCCCAUUUGCCGGAUCUGAUGAUGGAGGAGAUAUUUCUGCACCUAUCAGGUCCCAGUGCAGCUUUACCAGCCAUGGUUCAAGUCUUAGCUGACUUUGCUUCCGCACAAGCUCUGCAGUUUAGUCCGCGCCUGAAAGAUGUUUUUUCCAGGGUUUUGCCGAUUCUUGGAAGUGUGAAGGAUGCUCAUCGGCCAAUUUUUGCAAAUGCAUUCAAAUUCUGGUGUCAGGCUGUAUCGCAUUAUGGUGUGGACUUUCCAUCUCAUCGACUUCUCGAUAGUGACGUCAUGUCAUUCCUGAAUUCUGCUUUUGAGCUUCUAUUGAGAGUUUGGGCAAGUUCUCGAGAUCUGAAGGUGCGUGUCACUUCCGUGGAGGCGUUAGGGCAGAUGGUUGGCCUUAUUCCUAGAACUCAAUUAAAGGCAGCUUUACCAAGACUUAUCCCUACUGUAUUGGAUCUGUAUAAGAAAGAUCAAGAUAUUGCUUUAUUAGCAACUUGUACUCUACAUAAUCUUCUGAAUGCUGCUUUACUGUCUGAGAUUGGUCCUCCGUUGCUUGAUUUUGAGGAACUUGCUAUAAUUUUGUCCACGCUUCUGCCAGUGGUAUCCAUUCAUAAUGACCACAAUGAGCAUUCAAAUAUCCCAGUUGAGCGGAAGACCUAUAAUGAAGUUCAGCAUUGCUUCCUAGCAGUUGGCACUGUAUAUCCCGAGGAAAUAUUCAUGUUUCUUUUGAAUAGAUGCAGGUCAAAGGAAGAAGUUCUUACCUUUGGCGCCCUUACUGUAAUUAAGCACCUUUUGCCCAGGUUGUUAGAGCCUUGGUUUUCUAAAAGGCCUCUACUUGUUGACUCCGUAAGGCUGCUUCUAGAUGAACAUAAUUUAGGUGUUUGCAAGGCAGUUGCCGAGUUGAUUGUGGUUAUGGCUUCCCACUGUUACUUGGUUGGUCCUGCUGGAGAAUUAUUCGUUGAGUAUCUUGUACGCCACUGUUCCAUAUCCGACGAGGAAAUAAAGGACGAAAAUGCAAGGGAAUCUCUUCGGGUGAGGUUUGGGGGCAUUUGUUCAAGUCCAAAGGAGCUACGGGCAAUUUGUGAAAAGGGUCUUCUCUUAAUAACUAUUACCAUUCCUGAAAUGGAGCAUGUACUUUGGCCUUUUCUCUUGAAGAUGAUUGUUCCACAGAAGUAUACUGGUGCAGCUGCAACGGUUUGUAGAUGCAUCACCGAACUAUUCCGGCAUAGAUCAUCUUAUACCGUUUCUGUGAUUACCGACUGUGGAUCUCGUGCUGAUAUACCCAAGCCUGUGGAGCUUUUUGCACGGCUGAUGGUGCUUUUGCACGAUCCUCUGGCUAGGGAGCAACUGGCAACUCAAACUUUGACAGUAUUGUGUUACUUGGCGCCCCUCUUUCCCAAAAACAUCUGCUUGUUUUGGCAAGAUGAGAUUCCGAAAAUGAAGGCUUAUAUCAGUGACACUGAAGAUCUAAAGCAGGACCGUUCAUAUCAAGAUGCUUGGGAUGACAUGAUUGUAAAUUUUCUCGCAGAAUCUUUGGAUGUGAUGGAGGAUGCUGAGUGGGUGAUUUCCUUGGGAGAUACUUUUGCUGAACAAUAUGAACUUUAUGAAUCUGAUGACGAGCACGCAGCUCUACUUCAUAGAUGUCUUGGGGUGCUGCUUAAGAAAGUUGAUGACAGGGCUUAUGUUCGUGAGAAGAUCAACUGGAUGUAUAAACAAGCUAAUAUUGCGGUUCCAACUAAUAGGCUUGGUCUAGCAAAAGGCAUGGGGUUGGUUGCCGCAUCACACUUGGACACCGUCUUGGAAAAGCUGAAGGAUAUUCUUGACAAUGUUGGACAGAAUUUUUUUCAGAGCAGAUUUCUUGCGUUCUUUUCUGAUAGAGUGAAAGUAGAAGAUUCCGAUGAUAUACAUGCUGCUUUAGCUUUAAUGUAUGGAUAUGCUGCCAGAUAUGCCCCAUCGACAAUUAUUGAAGCCAGAAUAGAUGCCCUUGUGGGGACUAACAUGCUUUCAAGGCUUCUUCACGUGCACCACCCUACAGCAAAACAAGCUGUUAUCACAGCAAUUGAUUUACUUGGUCAAGCUGUCAUCAGUGCUGCUGAAAGUGGUGCAUCCUUCCCAUUAAAAAGAAGAGACCUCAUGCUUGAUUAUAUAUUGACUUUGAUGGGUCGUGAUGAUAAUGAUGGACUUGGCAGUUCUAAUCUUGAACUUCUUCGCACACAGACCCUUGCUUUAAGUGCCUGUACGACAUUGGUUUCUGUGGAACCAAAGCUAACAGUGGAUACAAGAAAUCAUGUUAUGAAGGCAACACUAGGUUUUUUCGCUUUGCCGAAUGACCCAACAGACAUUGUUGACCCGCUUAUAAACAAUCUUAUUACUCUGUUGUGCGCAAUUCUCCUAACGAGUGGGGAAGAUGGUAGAAGUCGAUCUGAGCAGUUAUUACAUAUUCUGCGACAACUUGAUAAAUUUGUUUCCUCCCCUGUGGAGCAUCAAAGAAGAAGAGGUUGUUUAGCUGUGCAUGAGAUGCUUCUCAAGUUCCGAACACUUUAUUCUAGUGGAAAUUACACGCAUAGUAAUCAGAUGGAUCGGAUGCUGCAAAAGAACUUUUCAAAUUUGCCAUCUGUAUUUGUGUUGCCAAGUCGGACCUCCUUGUGUAUUGGGGAAAGGGUUAUCGUUUAUCUUCCGCGUUGUGCAGAUUCCAGUUCUGAAGUUAGAAAAGUUUCAGCACAGAUUCUCGAUCUUUUCUUCACAGUAGCUCUAUCUCUCCCAAGACCAGCAGGAUCAAAUGUUCGAGAAAUUGAAAUUUCUUAUAGUGCUUUGUCUUCCCUCGAAGAUGUCAUUGCCAUUUUGAGAAGUGAUGCGUCUAUCGAUCAAUCAGAGGUUUUUAACAGGGUUGUUUCGUCUGUAUGUAUUUUAUUAUCAAGGGAUGAGCUUGUGGCUACGUUGCUUGGUUGCACUACUUCUGUAUGCGAUAAGAUCAAGCAGUCAGCAGAAGGCGCUAUUCAAGCAGUAAUUGAAUUUGUAAUGAAGAGGGGACAUGAGCUGAAUGAAUCGGAUGUCUCGAGGACAACCCAGUCUUUGUUAUCUGCGACAAUGCUUGUUGCUGAGAAGCAUUUACGCCAGGAAAUUCUUGGUGCUAUAUCUUGUCUUGCGGAACACACAAAUUCAAAGAUUGUUUUCAGUGAAGUACUGGCUGCUGCAGGAAAGGACAUACUCACAAAGGAUAUAUCUAGAUUACGUGGAGGUUGGCCAAUGCAAGAUGUGUUCUAUGCAUUUUCGCAGCAUGCAGUUCUGUCAUUUUCAUUCCUUGAACAUGUGGUAUUAGUCCUUAACCAGAUACCGUAUGUCAAAGGUGAUUCUGAUGGAGCGGACAGCAGUUCUCACUCCUUCGACAGUCCUGUAGAGGAAAAUGUUCUACAAGCAGCUGUUCUUGCUCUUACUGCACUAUUCAAAGGUGGUGGUAAGGUUGGGAAGAAAGCCGUUGAGCAAAGUUAUGCUGUUGUCCUUUCUGCACUCACACUUCAAUUAGGAGGUUGCCAUGGUCUUGCUGGAUCUGGUCACCCGGAACCUCUACGAACUCUGUUAACUGCUUUCCAAGCAUUCUGUGAAUGUGUUGGAGACCUUGAAAUGGGAAAGAUUUUGGCUAGAGACGGAGAACAAAAUAAAGAUGAGAAGUGGAUCAGUCUUAUUGGAGAGCUGGCAGGUUGCAUCUCCAUAAAGAGACCUAAAGAGGUCCCAACUAUAUGUGUACUUCUAAGCAAGGCUUUGAAUGGAAGCCAUAAAUUUCAAAGAGAAGCUGCUGCUGCAGCACUGUCAGAGUUUGUUCGCUUUAGUGAUGGGGUUAGUUCCCUGCUGGAACAAAUGGUUGAAGCGUUGUGCCAACAUGUAUCGGAUGAGUCACCUUCUGUUAGACGUCUUUGUCUAAGAGGACUAGUGCAGAUACCUUCUAUUCAUAUGCUUCAACAUGUUGCUCAAGUUCUUGGGGUGGUAGUAGCUCUACUUGAGGAUCCAGAUGAAUCUGUUCAACUGACGGCAGUAUUAUGCUUGCUCAGAGUACUUGAAUCAUCACCUGAAGAGGCUGUCAACCUGGUUUUACUCAAUCUAUCUGUGCGGCUUCGGAAUCUACAGGUGUCAAUGGAUCCGAAAAUGCGAGCUAGUGCCUUUAAGUCUUUUGGAAUGUUAUGCAACUUCGAACUUGGUGCACAACGUGAGGCUUUUCUUGAGCAGGUGCAUGUGGCACUCCCACGCUUGAUUCUCCAUGUCCAUGAUGAGGAUGUAGCUGUUCGACAAGCUUGCCGGAAAACCCUCCAACAAAUUGCGCCCUUGAUAGACAUGGACGACAUGGCUGCCCUCUUCAAUAUGCAUUGUUUCAAUUCCGACCAUCGAAGCGACUAUGAGGACUUUUUAAGGGAUCUUACAAGACAACUGUGUCAGAAUUUUUCCACCAGAGCUGGUACUUACAUGGCAUCUGUAAUCCAGGCUAUUGACGCUCCUUGGCCAAAGAUCCAGGCGAACGCCAUCUAUUUCUCUAGUAGCAUGUUGUCUCAUUCAGAUGAUCAACGCAUCUUGGUUCCUUACUAUGCACAAGUGUUUGGUAUGCUCAUAGGCAAAUUGAGUCGAUCACCGGAUGCAGUUGUCCGAGCAACCUGCUCUUCCUCUCUAGGGUUGUUGCUGAAAUCCACGAACUCACUCUCGUGGAGAGUAUCAAGGCUCGAGUCAGUACGUAAGAGUCAUGAAGUCGUGUAAGUUUUGUAUACAACAAAUUCAGGAAGAGGAAGGAAGUAAAGAAAUAUACUGUAAAAUAUGAAGAGAAGCAAGUGGUGAGCGUUCUCCCCUUUGUAACUUUGGUGACCCACGGCAUCGAGCCUAAUAAUCUCCCUCAUUUGUAAAUUGGUUUGUAUAGCUGCUUGUGAUGUAAAUUUAUGUAGUCAUGUUAACACAAUCAAGUGUGAUUUCUUUGGUGUAUAGUGCUAUCGGAACCUGAAACAAUAGUGUAAGGUAGAGCUAUUCCAGUUUGUUCAAUAGAUUAUAUUCGCUUCUGCAAAAAAAUAAUCAGAUGAUGCUAAUUUGUAAAUCUGUUUGAUCUGCUGAUGCAUAGCAGGUCAAUUUUGUUUAUUCAUAAAGCAGUUCA